GGCGAUUGCUUUGAGGAGGCUUUUAUUUUGGUGUUUUCUCUGUAGCAGCCAUGGCGUCUGUAGUCUCCAUAGGGUAGACUCAUACGUCCUCGUGACUUCAUCUACAGCUUGCAACAUACUUCUGCGAUCUGUGGUUUUAUGUUCCUGUCGUUAAUCUGACAGAUAUGCUGCCUGUAGUGGUGGUGCAUGGAGGUGCUGGUCAUAUCCCUAAGGAAAGAGCUGAGCUCUCUACUAUCGGUGUGAAAGAGGCAGCCAGGACUGGGUAUGUCAUCCUCCAGAAGGGUGGAAGUGCCAUGGAUGCUGUGGUUGAAGCAGUGACCUUGAUGGAGAACAACCCAAGAUUCAAUGCAGGUCGGGGGUCAGUGCUAAAUGUGAAGGGGGAGGUAGAGAUGGAUGCACUUGUGAUGGAUGGCAGGACUCUAGCUAGCGGGGCUGUGUCAGCAGUCAGAAGAGUGGCUAACCCAGUUCAACUGGCCAGGCUUGUCAUGGAAAAGACCAACCACUUGUGUCUGACGGCUGAAGGGGCCUCUAAGUUUGCCAGAAGCAUGGGUGUACCAGAAGUGCCUGAGGAGUCAUUGAUCACAGACUAUGCCAAGAUGCGCUGGAAGAAGAACCUGGGGCCAGAUGCCAACCCUGUGGAAUGCCAAAUGGGCAAGAUGGGAACUGUAGGUGCAGUAGCUGUGGACAUAGACGGAAACAUUGCUUGUGCUACAUCCACUGGUGGAAUGAUAAAUAAAAUGGAGGGACGUGUGGGAGACACGCCAUGUGUUGGAUGUGGAGGCUAUGCAGAUAACAAGAUUGGGGCUGUCUCACCCACAGGCCAUGGGGAAGCCAUUAUGAAGGUCACGCUGUCCAGACUCAUUCUCUUCCACAUGGAGCAAGGGAAGACCCCAGAGGAGGCAAGUGACCUGGCUCUUGCGUAUAUGAAGGAGCGGGUGGAGGGUCUCGGCGGGGUGGUGGUGGUAGAUCCCAAAGGGACCUGGGCAGCUCGCUUCAGCAGUUUACAGAUGUCAUGGGCCGCUGCCCAGAAGGGUGAACUCCACUUUGGGCUGUACCAUGGUGAAGACUUUGUUGAGCCUGUACAAGAGGACAAAUAAUGAACACACACACACAUAUAGUCUUGCACAUUUUUGUUGAUUAUGUAUAUUUUUUUAAGUGUUGAAUAGAAAGGGAAAUAUGCAAAUCAGUGUUAGUGUAAAUACAUGCAUACCUCAUGGCAGUUAUAUUGUGUAUCUAUUAAGUGUUUUAAAGUUGAUUGUCUUUACACCUAGCACUAAAGAAAUGCAAGUCUUACACAGAUUGAUUGAAAAGAAAAUAAAUCUGCAUUAUAAUACUCCUUUUUGAGGACAGUGUAAAUGUCCUAAGUGGUAGUACUGUAUGUUCUCCACUAGAUGGAGAUAAAUUGUGUUAUUUGGAAUCAAGUUCGUGUUUAAGGGGCAGUUCAAAUUUAAUAAUAACUAUUACAAAAUUGCAAAACAUUACAGAUAAAAAUGUUUUAGAUGUACUGUAAAAGUCACCUGAGAAAGUCAGAAUGUCUUGGUGGACUUGGUGCACUAAUUAUGAAGAACAGAAAUAAUAAUAUGUUCCUAAAGUAGUGUAUCUUUUUUUUUAUCAUCAAGACUGAAAGAGAAAGCAGCUUAUUAAAUCAGCACAAAAUAUUUUUAACCUAUAAAUAAUUUUGACAUGUAAAUAAACAAUGCAGCAGUUUAUCAUAAUCAUCUAUAUUUUGUGAGUAAGUUUGUGUCAGAAGAAACUUUGUAACAUGUUUUAAAUGGUGUGUUGGUAUCAUCACACCAUUUAUACAGAUUAUUUCAGAAGGAGAAAACAUGCUGAAAAUAAACUUUUGUUGGUGUGGGUCA